AUGUCUGUGUCGUCUUCAUUGAAUGGUCAGACUGAUCAAAUUGUGUUUGUCAGCGAUGGCAGCGAUCAGCACUGGAGCCCUGAAACAAACACACAGAAUACGCAAUCGACGCAGCAGUGGCCCGGGUUUAACUACAACGCGAACACUUUAAACACUCCAGGACCUGUUUACAAUACCCAAACUGCAACUACAACUCAAAACCCCAAUUACUUCGUGCAGAACAACAAUCCACAAAGUUAUAUAGACUUAACAUAUCAGAGAAGGGACUGCCUCAUCGGCAACGGAUACUGUGCACCAAACGGAAAUGGAAUUACUGCUACGAGUAUUGGUUAUAAUAAUACUCCGCAGAGGAUAUAUUCUAAUAAUAAUUACCCGCAACCCAAACGUGCCAAUUGGAACCAAAAGACUAACGGUGUUAAGAAGGCCAAACGAGUCCGCACAGCGUUCACAACGCCGCAAAUGAUGGAGCUAGAACUGGAAUACGCAAGAACUAGAUAUCUAGAUCGUAACAGACGCAUCGAACUAUCUGAAACAUUGAACCUAAGUGAGAAAACUAUAAAGGUCUGGUUUCAGAACAGACGAAUGAAGGACAAAAAAGACAGAGCUGAAGGUCUCGAAGAUUCAGAAGCAACUAGUACCACUGAGUCAUCGCCUGAAAUGAAUGUACCGUAUAUGCCUCCUUGUAACUAUCACACUGUACAAAAUGGUUUGUACGUCCAGAGAAAUAAUUUGUAUAUGGGGCCCCACUCGGCCCCAAUGCCUGUAUUGGAUGCAAGUGCUUUGCCCGUGCCUGUUCAUAAUACUGUUGCCAAUUCAUAUCCCAAUUAUUUUGUGUCUAAUGUCAAUGUACCGGAAGCACCAAAUCAAAUGAGUUCAGGUCCAUCACAGUUCCUAAAUGAUUUAAGGCAAGAAGACGAUACUGUGACGUCAGAAUUGUUAAAAGAACCAAAAGAAAUCACUGACAUAACACCAGUACUUUGUAAAGGGUUAGACAGUGUGGAGGGGAUGAAAUCCGUGUUUUUCCAACAUCAAAAAGAUGAUGAAGCAAAAUUUGUAUUGGAUGAUCAAAAAAUGGAGCCUAUAGCCAUUGACAGUGAGUCGUGCAAGGAAGAAUCUUCGCCCCAAUCUAAUGCAGAGAGUGAUAUACAAAAGGCCAAUAUAAACGAAGAUAACUGGGAACUCUCUUGGGUCCAAAUUAUGGAUUUAGAAGAAGUUUAA